AUGCGCGAUCUUUCUGAAUCCCACAACGCAGCAUCCGGUGAUUACUCGCCAGAGUUGUCCGCAGAUGUAGCACAGCUCUUCAUUCCUGGCACAGGAGGUUCUGGCACCGUCCCUAGGCGAUCGGAGGAUUUGCUGGUCGAUGUGCCACCUGAGCUGGUGCGAGGAGUGCCCAUGAGCAGCAUCUUAAGACGCUUUGGGCUCGAAUGGAGAAGGGGCAGUGAACCAGGAUCCUUCUUAUGGAGGCCGGCACUAUCCAAGCAGACGCAGCGCUACAGCUUCUUCUUCAGUCAUGAUUGGGAAACAUCCGGGUGGAUGAAAUACUUGUCACUGGUGAUCUACUUCAACAGCCGUGCAGCCGCAACAGCGACGUGUGUCACGAGCGUGGUUCUGGGUGUCCUAGAUGACCCAAAGAAGAAAAGUCAAUGCAUUUAUGCCCUGGCCUCCUUCCUGAACAAAUCCGACGAGCUCAUCGUGCUGUGGUCUCCGAGAUACUGUCGCCGGUUGUGGUGUAUGUACGAGAUUGCCUGCUUCCUGAUUAAGCGCAAGGACGCCCACCGAAUCAAGUUCUUGCCAGUGCAAAUUUCUGUUAUAUGGAUCCUGACUUACUUUGCUGUGACAACGACAUGGCUGUCCUUCCUGCUGCUCCAACGGCACGGGAACGAGCUCUUACGCAAUUGGCAUGACGACACCGGACGGAUCAUCAAUGUUGGCGUACUGAUUGCAAUUCAGGUUGGUGUCCUCUAUCCGCCCCUGUUUUAUCUCAUGAACCAGAUGCUGUUCGACAUGGCCCAGUUGCCCACCCAGCUGCAAAGUUUCGACAUCGAGACCGCCGAAUGCUUCUGCUGCUCCAACAAUCAUCGACAAUCUGUGACUGGAGAGCAGAUCCAGUGCGACCGUGAGCUCAUCUAUGGCGUAUUGCAGCUGUGGUCGUCCGGCUACACUGUGUUGGAGGAAGGGAGUGCGCGGCGGAUCCAGCAUGUCUUCAAAAGCCAUCUGGACAAGCACUUGCGAGAGUCGGUUGAGCAGGCCUUUACACACAGUGGGAUUCUCAUGCGCCCGUUGAUGUCUGCCGCUGCGAUCGGUUCCUUUCCCUUUUUGUGCGACUUUAUUGGCAAGGAGGGUGCCAAAGUAGUUCAAGUCUGGCCUCGUGCGAAGCCGAUCAACAACUUUGGCCUCGCGGUCUACAUGUUGUUUUGUAUGCCGAUCUUCCUCCGCAGUCUUCUGAUGCUAGGCAGAGCCAGCACUUCGUGGUGGAGGCGGUCUUGGUUUAGGUAUAUAGUUGUCGCUUGCCAAGCGGUGUCCUUGCUCCUCCUCAGCUUGUUGUGGAUCGUGGGCUAUCUGGUCUGCAUCGCAGUCAGCAAGGACAACUGGACGGUGUUGACAUCUCCCCUGGAUCCCUUGCCCCUGUACUUGCUCAGCUUGGUGGCCUUGUGUAGCGUGAUCUUCGGUCUUCGUCAUCUAUGUCCCUGCCGGAAGUCGGUCAUCAUCGGAGGCGCACCUAUACAAGAUGGCAAGACGUCGGCACCGCAGGUGUCAUUGGAGUUGUCUGAUGCCAACGACCUGCAGGUGCCGGAACUGAUGGCCUCUGCAACCGACGUGUCGGAAGAGUCCUCUACUUUCGAAAUUUGA